CAGCACACAUGAACCAUUUCUGAUAAACAAGUUCAGAAAAGUUACCUCAUUUUUAUUAAUGUCUUAAACAUUGCAUAUUGUUCUUUCAUUCUUUGGGCACUUGUAAUUCAUAUGCAGAUGGUAUGCAUUGAUAUUAACAAUUGUUUACACCUCAGUUAGGAGGGUAUGGCCUUCCAUUCUGGGUUCUCGGGAGCUGCACGUUUGCCUGUGGAUGUGCCUCUUAUGUCGUGCUACCUCGUCAAGACGCUGUUCCUUCCACACAAAGACGAUCAAGUGUUGCUGUCUCACAUUCAUUAAGGAGUCCCUCAGUCUGGUUUGGAGCCCUCUCCAUCUACGCUGCUUACUUUGGGUUGGCCUCUAUGGGUCCGUUCUACGCCCAGCACCUGACACAGUUUCACGUAAGCCAAGUUAUUAUUAGUUUGAUCUUCAUGACGGGCCCAGCUGCCUUUUCUCUUUCCACACCACUCUGGGGAUAUCUACUUGACAAAAAGGUGUCAGCAAUCCCUACAUUGUGGGGAGCACUGUGUUGUCUAUCCGCCAGUUACCUAUUUUUUGGACCAGCUCCAUUUUUGGGAUUUGUUCCGACUCUGUUGUGGCUGACAAUACUGAUGUUUGUAUGCAUCGGCUUUUCAACUGCCCCUGUCAUUGUCAGUGCGAUAAAGUGUAUAUACCAAGGAGCGAGAGAUAUGGGACAAAAGGACGAUGGCGCUACUUUGGGAUUCUUAGCCGGCAUCAUUCAGUCAUCUAAUUACAUAGGAACAUUUUCUGGUCCCAUUGUAACUGGAAUAGUCGUUGAUCAUUUCGGAUUCCCGUGGGCGAUGGUUGGAUGUUCCGUUCUGGUUACGAUCACGUGGCUGUCCUUGACGCCUUACCUUGGGGUCACAUUGUGGAGCAAAGGCAAAUUGAAGAAUGCAAACACGGAAGACUAUAUAGAAAUAAAAUAAACACAAAUUAUACUGAAAACUCUGCUUUCCAAAUGGUCGACUCGUGGUGACUGUGGUCUGUAAAUCGUCGAGCCCGACCAGACAUCUACUGAUUGACAUCAACAGCACCGAUCCACACAAUUGGGAUACAAUGACCUAUACCAAAGUAACUCUCUAAAGGCUUGCUCGAAUUUGAGUUCCACUUCCUCCGCCGCUGCAAUUGGUUUUCUCAUCUACGCGCUUCUGACAGAUGUGACUUAAUGAUUGAAUGUUUCUCACAUAGAAUUAAAUUACAUUAAAGGCGAAGCACAAUCAGUGUGU